AUGGCUCAGCGCAUCAACGGAGCCCAGCUGCUCGGCGUUUCUCAGGACGAGAAUGGCAACCCAGUUUACCUGAUGCGCGAGGGAACAGAGAAGAAGCGUGCACGAGGUCUGGAAGCCCAUAAAUCCAAUAUCACCAUCGCACGUGCUCUUGCGAAUACCCUCCGAACAUCCCUUGGGCCUAGGGGAAUGGAUAAGAUCCUUGUUUCGGGAGACCGUGAACUAACAAUUACUAACGAUGGAGCGACAAUUCUAGAGAGGAUGGAGGUAGACAACCACAUUGCUCGCUUGUUAGUGGACCUGUCCAAAUGUCAAGACAAUGAAAUAGGAGACGGGACAACGGGUGUUGUGGUGCUUGCAGGAAGUCUCUUGGAGCACGCCGAGACCCUCUUAGACAAGGGCAUACAUCCCAUAAGGAUUUCUGACGGCUAUGACAUGGCCUGCGACGUGGCGAUCAAGCACUUGGAGAGUAUAGCUACCACGUACUCGUUCUCAGCAGAUAAUAAGGAGCCUCUAAUCAAGGCUGCCAUGACCUCCCUUGGCUCCAAGGUCAUAAAUAGGUAUCACCGCACAAUGGCAGAAGUCGCUGUUGAUGCAGUCUUCCGCGUGGCAGAUCUGCAGCGCAAUGAUGUCGACUUCGAGCUGAUCAAGGUGCGCUCUAAGAUUGGAGGGAAAUUAGAGGACAUAAAGAUCAUUAAUGGGUUUCUAAUAGAUCAGGAGAUGUCUCACCCCGGGAUGCGUAAGAGCGUCAGUCACGCUAAGAUUGCCGUGCUCACAUGUCCGUUUGAACCGCCGAAACCAAAGACGACGUACAAGAUAGAUGUAGAUUCUGUUGAGAAGUAUAACACUCUCUACAGAGAGGAGCAGCAGUUCUUCAUAAAUAUGAUUGAGCAUUUGAAGGAAGCAGGUGCAAACUUCGUUGUUUGCCAAUGGGGCUUUGAUGACGAGGCCAAUCAUCUGCUCAUGCAGAACGACAUAAACGCUGUGCGCUGGGUGAAGGGUGAGGAUAUAGAGGCCAUUGCUCUUAUUACAGGCGCUAGAAUUAUUCCUCGCUUUGAAGAUAUCUCCUCUGACAAGCUCGGCUACGCAGAGAUUGUGCGCGAAGUGAGCCUAGGAACAUCUUCAGAUAAAGUUAUGAUAUUUGAAGGUCUGCAACCCCAACAAACAACCGCGGAUAGUGUGCCUCACAUGAUAUCGACUGUCUUUAUACGUGGUGGUAACAAUAUGAUUAUCGAGGAGGCCCGUAGGUCGCUUCACGACGCCAUGUGUGUCGUCCGAAACCUCAUUCGGGACCCUCGCGUCAUCUAUGGAGGCGGAUCAGCCGAAAUUUCAUGUUCCCUUGCAAUUGCUGAGGCAGCUGAGCACGUGGGGACUGUUGAGCAAUAUGCCCUGAGGGCCUUCUCGGAGGCGUUGGACAUCAUCCCUCUUACGCUGGCUCGUAAUUCAAGCAUUCAACCAAUAGAAACCCUGGCUAUGGUAAAGGCUGCACAGAAGAAGACAGGGAGCCACCACCUCGGAAUAGAUUGCAUGCAGCGCAACACUAUUGACAUGAAGGAGCAGAGUGUCUUUGAAACGCUGUCGAGCAAAGUGCAGCAACUUCUGCUGGCCACACAGGUCGUCCGCAUGAUCCUCAAGAUCGAUGAAGUCAUCACCGACGAGGUCUGA